AUGCCUCAGGAUUCAGGUCCAUCUCGCCGCAGGAUCGUUCGGGCCCUCCACCUGCACUUGAACAUUAGCACUCCCGCUGGAUUUUUACGAGCAUCUGGUAUGCUUCGGGCCCUCUUCAAUGACGCCCAACAAGAUGCCCCUGCUGCUCAAGCCCAACCACCCCCACGAGCUGCUCCAGCACCACUAGUUCCAGAAGUCAAUCGGCCAUACUGCAGCAUUUGUAGAUCGUUCAGUGCAGACUCUGAGCUGCCUUGCAGCCACAAGUUUUGUGCUGAAUGUGUCCGGCCAUGGAUUCGCAGGCAUCACACCUGCGCUGAGGCUGGAUUCUUCUCUGAUGUAGACUUUUCUUAG